AUGGCACAAGGUCUCACAAGCGGCAAUUCACCGCUUUGCCUCACCACCACUGUCGUUGCUGGCGAGCUGCCGGUGACGGGCGGCGCCGAGCCUGGUGUGGCAGAGGUUCAUGUGGAGCUGAGGGGCAAUCAUACUGCUGCAGCAGACAUUCGUGUCACACUCGAAGCUCCCAAUGGCCACGUGGUGACGCUGCUGGACGGCACGGGCUCCACCGCCGGUGCACGGCUCUCGCUCGCUCCCGCUCGCUUUGCGGACCACGCCUCGCUCGUCCUCGCCUCACCGCUCACAAGCACCUUGGGCGCGGAUGCGGGCAUUGUAGAGCUGAACGGUGUCUUUGCGCCGGCUGAUGGCGACAAUGCGCUCACAGCUGCCUUCUUUGGCCACUCGCCGCUCGGAGACUGGACUCUGUGCGUGAUCGAUGCCGGCAGCGAGGGCGGAUCGGGCAUCAUCGAUGCCUACCAGCUCGUCAUCGAUGUGCUCUCGUUUGCGGGGACUGAUACCCAGACCGCGUUCUUCAAUUGGGCAGAGGUGACUGGUGGCACAGUGGCAUUAUUUACCUUUACUGUCGAUGGCGCCAAUGUGGACCAGGUGACUGACGUCCGGAUCUGGUACAACACUGACAUGCGAAAGGCGUUUGACAAUGCGGCGUCCAUUAUCACGCCAUCGCGUAAUCUUGUGCUCUUUCAGUAUGGGCACUAUCCGUCGUCGAUGGUUGUGCAAGACUUGUACUUUGACGACACGGCGGCAACGGCGCUACCAACAAGCGGGGCAUCACCGGUGCAGGGGGUGUUUCGGCCAGCAAGCCAGGACUGGGCUGGCCUCCGUGGAUCAUGCGGGGCCGGCGACUGGUCACUGCAUAUCACCGACUACACCACGGGAGGGAGUGGGCGGACAUAUCUCAACAACUUUGGCAUCUCGAUCAACGGAACGGUGGCUGUUUGUGGCGACGGAUACAAGGGAUGCUCGGAAGAGUGUGAUGACGGCAACAUGGUGGGCGGCGACGGGUGCUCGGCAACAUGCACACUUGAGACCGGAUAUAUCGUGAUGUGGAACGAUGCGGUGGUUGUGGAUCCGGCGUCGGUGUCGGGUCUGACGGCGACGCUGGCGCAAGUGUCGAUCACGCCGGGCACGUUCAGCGGCAACGAUGCUUCGGCGAUGAAUGCAGCACUGCUGACCCCGUCACCGCGGCCCAAGGUGUUCCUCUUCCCAGCUGUGGUGUCGCCCAACGCGGAGUUGGACGUGACGACAAGCGCAGUGCUGGAUGUGAUGGAGACGUACGUGCGCGAGGGCGGGGUGAUGAUUGCGGUGGGAUCGUUUGCACCUGCGCGCAAGCAUUUUCUCGAGUCGUGGUUUGGCUUGCCUGUGCACGACGAGGUGUUGCUCGCGCGGCAUGUGACAGCGCACUUGCGGGCGGGCGACCCGCCGGUGUGGUUUGAUGCUUCGCGUAAGAGCUCAAGUGAGGGCCUGCCCCUGAGCGGUGGCAUGUCACCGUCGUGGAUGGAGGUUGACACGCUGAAUGCGUUUUGCUUCUCGGACGACACGGUACUCAAGACGCGGACGUCGUACGGCAACGCAUCGUCGUGGGUGCAGCUGUACGGGGCGAAUCCCAGCGACACGGGCGAGUCGCACGGGCUGGUGUGGCUGCGCAAGUACCACGAGGGUUGGGUUGUGUUCUAUCACGAGGCGGCGGCGACGACGCUGCCGGCCAAGCCGACAGAGGUGCUUGCGGACUUGACGCGGCUGCAUGGGUGGAGUGGGCCGCCCGGGAGCGCGUCGUGCGGCAACGGAGUUGUGGAUCCGUGGGCGUGGGACGUGAGCAACUACGGCGGGUACAACGAGGAGUGUGAUGAUGGCAACGACGACGACGGCGACGGAUGCACGUCCAACUGCGUGGCGGAUCCGUGUGGCGAGUGCCCCCACACGGGCGGACGGUGCAAGUGGCCGACUGUUGUGGGUCUCGGGCUGGCGAGUGGCCCGGUGGUGAGUGUGGAGAAUGCCGAAGUGAGUGUGGAGACGUACGUGGAUGUCGAUGUGGAGUUCCGCUGCGGAGUUGGCAGCGGCGGGUAUGUUGAGGUGGAGUUUCCGGACGACGGGUUUGUGAUUGCGAGUGACAGCGCGACGCCCAGCGGAAUUGUGACGAGUGUGAGCAUUGUUGGAGCGGGGCGGACUGUGCGGCUCGGGAUCGGCGAAGGUAUCGGGCCUGGGGCGCGUAUUGUGUUCCGAGUGUUCAAUGUGACGAAUCCGUCGAGCAGCAAGACGACGAGUGGGUUUUGGGUGCGGUCGCUCCUGUCUGACGGAAGCACCGUUGUGAACAGUGGCGAGUCGAACGGAGUAGUGAUCACGUCUGGAGCGGCACCAAGUCCGCCUCCGCCGCCGAGCCCACCUCCGCCGCCGAGCCCACCUCCGCCGCCGAGUCCACCUCCGCCGCCGAGUCCGCCUCCGCCGCCGAGUCCGCCUCCGCCGCCGAGCCCACCUCCGCCGCCGAGCCCACCUCCGCCGCCGAGUCCGCCUCCGCCGCCGAGCCCACCUCCGCCGCCGAGCCCACCUCCGCCGCCGAGUCCACCUCCGCCGCCGAGUCCACCUCCGCCGCCGAGUCCACCUCCGCCGCCGAGUCCACCUCCGCCGCCGAGUCCACCUCCGCCGCCGAGCCCACCUCCGCCGCCGAGCCACCUCCGCCGCCGAGUCCACCUCCGCCGCCGAGUCCGCCUCCGCCGCCGAGUCCCCUCCGCCGCCACCACCACCUCCGCCGCCGAGUCCGCCUCCGCCGCCAUCACCACCUCCACCGCCUCCUCCACCAUCACCACCUCCGCCCAAGGCCAGCCUCCGGCCGCAUGCUAA